AGCUAUAGUGUUUUAUAUCAGAUACGUGAUUCGUCAAUCUCUCCGUGCAUUUGCAGUUGAAAAUACAUUUUAACAUUUUUAUCACGCUUAUCUAAUAUACACAUAUUCUAUGCAAAUUAAUGGUUUGAGAUCGCAACGCCAUCGGGAGCUGUAGAGUGAUUGAUACUGCAUUCUCCGAUAAAGUACGCUAUUGGCGUGUAACGUCAUCGUUAAUCGGGAAUCUUGUGGUGACAAUUUAAGAAAAAGCACUUUGCAGCAUAAUUUGUAUGCUCUCGUGUGAUUAAAGGGAGUUUUAAUCAUGGCAUAUCCGGACGCAAUGUAUGGCUCCACUGCUGUCGAAUCUCAGGUAAAUCCUGAUGUCCAACGAUGGUUCUCCACAGUGGACAGAGAUGGGAGUGGGCGAAUAACAGCCACAGAACUGCAGUCAGUAUUAGCUAAUGGUCAGGGUGGUACUUUCUCUGACACAGCGUGUAAAUUAAUGAUUGGUAUGUUUGAUAAAGAAAAGAGCGGCACAAUAAAUAUAUCAGAAUUUCAAGCUUUAUUCAAUUAUGUGAAUGCUUGGCUGGGUGUUUUUCGUGGUUUUGACCAUGAUAAUUCAGGCAGUAUACAAGAGAACGAAUUAAGCGCAGCUCUGACACAAAUGGGUUAUAAACUUAGUCCAGAGUUCAUACAAUUUCUUAUAAAAAAGAGUGAUCUUCAUGGUCAUCAGUCCAUCACUGUUGAUCAGUUCAUAGUGUUAUGUGUUCAGAUACAAAGGUUUACAGAAGCAUUUAGAGCAAGAGAUACAGAUCAAAUUGGAUCAAUCACCAUCGGAUUUGAAGAUUUCUUAGGAGUGGCUCUUAAUUGCAGCAUAUAAUACAGAUUCCAGCGACAAGACGACCAGAGCACUCUUUAUCACUUACACACUGAAGAAUUGUUGUAGAUAUAGCUUGCAUUGCGAAUAGUAUUUUUCUAUUUCAGGAAAUAAUGCAAAGAAGAUGUAAAUUUAUGUAUAAUAUAUUCAAGCCCAUACAACUUAUUCAUACUUAACAAUUUACUUUUUUAUGGCUUGCGGUACGAUUAAGUUUUAUUUAGGUUUAACAUUUUAAUUUAAUUGCGUAACAUCUUCCUAAAUUAGAUAUUUAUUAGUAAACAUAAGCGCUUAAAUCGUGUCUUACCGAUUCGGCCGAUGCGUCGUCACAUCAGUACCUCAAAUGACAAAAGUAUAUCUAUCUUGUAUAUUCGUAUGAUAACAGAGAUGAUAUCGAUACGUUAAGAUGAAGAUAAAUAUCACAUGACAAUGUUUUCAUCGUGUAAUAUUUUGUAUAACAUCUCAUAACACACAGACACACACACGCAUAUAUAUAUAUAUAUAUUUAUUAUUAAACACAAUGUAAAAAGGAAACGUUACGAUUGUUCAAAUUUAUCAUUGUACUGUCAUUGUCUUAAACAAUUUUUAUUAGCCAACAUCUACAAUGUCUAGCACAUGUGUCUAUAUUACACUGUCUUUAUGUAGAUUAUUUUAUUCCACAGGCUUACGUGAGUAAGCAAAAGUUUCUCUGAUUUAGAUAUGCUGAGAGUAGCGCGGAAGACUUUCCUAAUUUGUGGGACUACAAUAUUUUAUUGUACCACGUGAAACGAGCCCGAGAGAGAAUACAAGAAUACGAUCGAUUACGAAGAGCAAGGUAUCUUCUAGACGCUAUUUCGCUGGCGAACGACUUGCUUGCCGACGAUUCGGAGAUAGAAGUACUAACGCUCGCCGGCAUAAUAGUGAGGAGAUUAAAUAAGUUGGGUGUGACGAACGUAAAUGCAGACAGAGAAGAUGCGGAGGGAAGAAAGAAGUAAUCUGCGGUUGUAGAGGCACUAUGCCCGGUGGAUAUAGAGGUUGCGGUCAUGGACACGUCGGACAUCCCGGUGUUAACCACUGGUCUUGCUGUGGAUCUGUAUUGCGCAACGGACGUUGCUUAAUCAUGCGAAAACCUAUAC